UAACGGCUCGUUAGAUUCGCCAGUUAUCUCGUGAUCAGAAACUAUGAUAUUAUCCAGACAGUGCUUAGAAAAACACCACCUCUGAUCCUAGAUUAGACAAUCGGACAGUAAACAUCUCUGCGAAAUUCAAUUACUUAACAUACGUUCAAGCAGUUCCAAGAUAUAAUCGAUAUAAAUCAUAUUCAACUUAUCACCCGAUCGUUUGCAGUUAUGCAUAUAUGAUAAUUGAUCUAAUCGUAGAGAAAACCCAACUUUUGUGAACAUCAGUGGAAUAUAUAAUUCAUUUAUCUGGGAAAAAAAACAGAACUGUUUUUCUUGUGAAACAUGGAUCGGAUAUUUAACAUUCAACAGUCAAUAAUAUUUCUGUUAUUAACAGUGUUUGUCUAUAUAACGGAGAGUGUUAAAACUCGUGAGAUAAACAGAAAUACACGUGCUGGGGCCUUCAUUGGGCUUACAUACCUCGUCGAGUUUGAUGGUGAAUAUCGAAAUACAACAUGUUUUCUUGGUAUUCCAUUCGCAAAACCUCCUGUUGGUGAAAGACGAUUUGCUAAGCCCGAGCCUUAUGGGCCUAUCACCACUUUGUAUAAUGCAACAUUUCACAGACCGCACUGCAUGCAAACAAAGGCAACAUAUGAGUAUUUAAAAAUAUAUGAGCAGAGUGAAGAUUGUUUAUAUCUAAAUAUCUACAUUCCAGGAAAAACUCUAAAACAGCAGAUAUCAUACCCAGUAAUGAUAUUUAUUCAUGGCGGGAGUUUUGUCGACGGCGGCGCAGACAUUUACGAUGGCAGUAAACUAAGUGCUUUUAACGACGUCAUUAUUGUAACAAUUAAUUAUCGUUUAAAUAUAUUCGGGUUUCUAAGCAAUGGAUAUAAUUUAAAAGGUAACAAUGGACUCUGGGACAUGAAGCUUGCUCUACAGUGGGUUCAUAAUAAUAUUCAAGACUUUGGUGGUGAUCCUUCCAGGGUUACUUUAUUUGGAAAUUCCGCCGGGGGAGCUGCCGUUCUGUAUCAGGCUAUACACCCUGAUAAUCGAGGAUUGUUUCAAAGAGUCAUAGCCCAAAGCGGAAGUUGUUUUGCAUUCUGGGCAAUACAGAAAAAGCCUGUACGUAACUUCCGGUGGUUUAUAUCAGACGUAGGAUGUGACAAAGGUGAUCAUAACGAAAUUUUAACAUGUUUGCGUGAGAAACCUGCAGAGGAACUCAAACUCUCAGAAAAUAAAUACACAACUCAGUUUGUGCCUUCAGUUGACCUUGACUUUUUACCAGAAGACCCUAUAUCUUUGUCAAGGAAACAAACAAGGGCGGGCAAAAAUGCCAUGGAUUUCUUUUCCGAACUAGAUUUGUUAACUGGCGUGACGAGUAAAGAUGGAGCAUUUGCUCUAGGGUAUUGGGAGGCCGGAAUCGCUGAAGCAGACGAAUUUGCAGACAUUGCAUCCGGGGUGUCGGAAAAAUAUUUCAAAGAAAAAUAUAUUCCAGAAAUUGUAUCCGACAUGUAUGACGAUAUUCCGAAAGUUCUUUUAGAAUCAAUAAAGCAUCAGUAUACCGACUGGUCCAAGGUGAAAGACCCCGUUUCUAUACGAGACAGACUAAUGGAAUUUGAGUCUGACGUCACUUUCUUUGUUCCAGUGACUUUUACGCUGAAAACUCACCAAACAUCUCAGGGAAAUGAAAAUUCGAACAAUAGUUAUUUCUAUGUUUUUAACUAUAAGCCGGGUUUUGCACCGGAACCAAGCUGGUUGACCGGAGCCACGCACGUGAUGGAGUUGCCGUAUAUAUUUGGAUUUUCAAAGUCGUUACAACGCAAACUGAUAUAUGAUUAUGAUGCAGCCGACCCCUUCAUAGUGUCAAAAGAAGACCUUAAUUUCUCGAAAAUUAUGAUGGCGAUUUGGACCAACUUUGCAAAGACAGGUAAUCCAAACAUCAUGAAUGGAACUAGUGAUUUCCCGACAUGGCCGCCAUUUGAAAACAUAAAUCAACAGUAUUUAGAACUAACAGUGAACAUGACGUCAGAAUGUGUUAAACACCAUCUUGCGGCGUCACGUGUUGCAUUCUGGGAGCACCUUGUUCCCGUACUGACAGAGUGCAGUAUAAGUAGAUCUAGUGCAACAUUUAUUUUCCCGCUCGUAUCAUACAUUGCAGAAUUCUUCAUUUUGUGUGUCUUUUUCAUAUCAUGUUAUUAA